ACGCGUCAAGUCGCGUCGCUUGGUGGGGCUCCCUUGUCUUUGAGUUAGGCAUCCCAAGUUCAAAACCAUGGACUAUCCUCGCACCAGAUCAUCGCUGUUAAAAGCCUCUCGAUAAUUGAUUCCUUCCGAAAGCCCUUCUUGAGAUAUUCAUCAGUCCACAGAUCUAGAACUUUCAACGAUUCAUCCCACAGGAUCUGUCUGCCACCGACCACGAUCCGUCUCACCCAUUCCGCGACACAUCAAAGUUGACUCCUGCGGACUCCGGUCCCAUGUCCAACCAAGCAUGGCAGUUGAUUGACAGACCGGUAACCAAAUCCAUAAUGGCCCAAGCAGGUACCGAUUCCCAGUCGCGAACUCGCGGCAAACCACUCCGGACGUACGGCAAACGCGCAGCCGCCACCGAUGUUCGAGGUGAAGCGCCUUUGAAGAAAAGACGCACGUCGCAAGUGGAAGGGGAGUCACAGGUCAGGAGCGAAACCUCCGAGGUUCAGGGGGCGGCGCCGCCUCUGCCAAACGGCACCGCAACUGUGGACAAACAAGACACCCCAACCGUCACGACAACCACGAAGCCACAGACCGAUAUCAAGAAAGGAUCAAUAAUGAGCUUUUUUAAGCCAGUCCCUCAACCGUCAUCGUCAGCCUCCAGUCCUCAACCUGAGGAAGUGGAAUCCAGAGAAGCUUCACCACCAUCGCUCCCGACACUCCCUCCGCAAUCAUCACGAGCCGAGACAAGACGAAAGCCCCGUAUCCUCAAAUUUCGGGGAAGUUCCCUGCCACGAAUCGACACUGAAGAAUUGGACUGCGGCAGUGAGACAGGAUCUGGGACGGACACAAAGAAGGAGGAGGAAAGCCUGGCAAGACGGUCUCGAACACGAAACUCAAGGUCGCCCAUGCACAGCCGACAGGAGAGCCCAAGGAACGAAACAUCAGACGCGGAAAGGUCGAAAAGGUCGAAAGCCAGACCAUCACCAACUGUCCAGACCACACUCAACAUUUCCUCUCAAGCAGCCUUCUCUGAGUGCAAGGUGUGCAACACGGUCUGGAACCCAUUACACCCGGAAGACGUCAAGUUCCAUAAGAAGCAGCAUGCAGCUGUAUUGCGGACGAAGAGAAAGUUGAAGGAAAUCGAAUUAUAGCCUGAGAUACUGAGAUACCCAAUCAAAUGAAUAAUGAUCUAUAUAUCGACGACG